AUGUCGGAGGGCGGGCCGGGGCGGGCGGACCUCCGCAGCGUCCUGGUCACCAGCGUGCUCAACCUCGAGCCGCUGGACGAGGAUCUGUACAGGGGCCGGCACUAUUGGUUCCCGUCCACCCAGCGGCUCUUCGGAGGGCAGAUCAUGGGGCAGGCGCUGGUGGCGGCCGCCAAAUCCGUCAGCGACGACGUCCACGUGCACUCCCUGCACUGCUACUUCGUGCGGAAAGGGAACCCCGAGAUGCCGGUGCUGUACCAGGUGGAGCGGACGCGGACGGGCAGCAGUUUCUCGGUGCGGUCGGUGAAGGCCCUGCAGGGCGGGCAGCCCAUCUUCAUCUGCCAGGCGUCUUUCCAGCGCCACCAGCCCAGCCCCAUCCAGCACCAGUUCUCCAUGCCCGCCGUGCCCCCGCCCGAGGACCUGCCCGAUCUCCGGGAGGUCAUCGCCAACUUCUUACGGCAAAAGGCGGCCGACCCCGCCCGGGGAGCCGACCCCGGGGACCCCAACCUCCAGGAGAGGUAUCGUCUGGGCUUGAAUCGGAUCGCCGCCCGGGACGUGCCUAUUGAGGUCAAGAUGGUCAGCCCGGUCCCGACCGGUCGGGGGCCCCACCCGGAGCCCGAGCAGAUGUUCUGGGUGCGAGCCCAGGGCCACAUCGGGGAGGGCGACGUGAAGCUGCACUGCUGCGUGGCGGCCUACAUCUCCGACUACGCCCUGCUGGGCACCGCCCUGCUCCCCCAGCGCCACCGCUUCACCACCAGCUUCCUGGCCUCGCUGGACCACGCCAUGUGGUUCCACGCCCCCUUCCGCGCCGACCACUGGAUGCUCUACGAGUGCCGCAGCCCCUGGGCAGGGGGCUCCCGCGGGCUGGUCCAGGGCCGCCUGUGGCGCCGCGACGGGGUGCUGGCGGCCUCCUGCGCCCAGGAGGGCGUCAUCCGCGUCAAGCCCCGCCCCCGGGGGGACAGCAAGCUCUGAGGACCCCGGACCCCCCGGACGGAACGACGCCCACCCCUCUGGGGGGGAGGCCCCUUCACCUCGGGGUCCGGACGGCCUCCAAGCCCCGACCCCGGAUAGCCGGGGCUGGUUGCCCCGUCCU